AUCUUAAUUCAUCGUUCCCGUUAUGUAAACAUAGCAUAUAAUUUAAUACCUAAAUCUUUUAUCGAUAAUAAACAAAUGUUACAUCACUAAAGCAUCAAAACAUUACUUCAGUCCAGAUUCGUCGAGCAAGUGGAAUACACGUCACUGCGCAAACAUCAUAUAGGUUCUACUAAUAUGGGCGCGACGGUAAAUUGAAAUCACGAGACAUCAUUGAAAAUGGCGCGAAUGACGGCUUACCUGUUCUGCCUAUUAGCCUUACCAUUCACACAUGGAUUUAACGGUGACAGCUUCGAGCUGGAAUGCCCUGACGAAUGUGAUUGCCACUACUUUAGGAUCAAUUGGGUUACAGACUGCUCCGAGAGCAACUUAACUCAUAUUCCAUACGAUGAGCUCAGUUUGAGCGUAUACAUCUUAGACCUAAACGGUAACAAUAUUACCAGCCUCCAGCGUUUUCCAAGCGACAUAAAGAUGAGAAGGUUACAAAUAGCAAACAAUAGACUGACGAGGGUCGAUAGAGAGGCAUUCAAAGGGCUCGAGUAUUUGAUAGAUAUUGAUCUAUCUGGAAACAAUAUCAGCGAUGUGGAUCCCGAGGCAUUCCUGGAUUCACAUGGACUACUCAACGUGGAACUUCAAGACAAUCCAUUGAAUACGAUUGAAGGACCAUUCCUUAUGUCCGGCACACUCCAAUAUUUAGAUAUAAGUAAUUGCAACUUAUCGAUUAUAAAUUCCCAAUUUUUUGACAACAUCACAUCGCUGACCACACUCGACCUCUCUAAUAAUCCUCUUAGAUCAUUGGAAGGUGAUGUGUUCAACGUUUUAACCAGUCUUGAAACAUUAAAGAUAAAUAACUGUAUGCUGAACACAAUUUCUGAAAAUCUUUUCUCGUCCUUGAUCAACUUGAAAAAUUUAGAGAUAGCUGGAAACGACCUAUCAAAUAUUAACUGGCCGGAAGUGUUAGGCACAUUAACGAGACUUGAAUACCUUAAUUUGAGAAAAUCUGGUCUAACUUUCCUUUCUGAAGACACAUUCUCGAACUGUACUAAUCUCGUUACACUUAUUUUAGCUGAGAAUAAAUUGCGAGACUUAGAUGUCGCAGUGACAUUGGGCAAUAGCGUUAAUCAUUUAGAACAAUUAGAUUUAUCAAACUGUAAAAUCAAAGGACCAAUUUCAGGCGAUGCAUUUGCCAAUGCUACUAGAAUGAAAAGUCUUUACUUAUCUGGAAAUCCUCUUUUUGCACCAGAUUUACAAGAAGCUUUAGCACCUUUACCGAAACUGGAAAAACUUUUCUUAAGUAACUGUGGCCUAAGCAAUUUACCAGAUAAUUUUAAUGUUUUUGAAAAUCUUCUCGAACUAGAUAUAUCUCAUAAUCCUCUUGUGAAUGUAUUUACAAGACUGUUGGCUCCAUUAGAAAAAAUUGAAUACCUUAAUAUGGGCUAUAGUAAUUUAUCGUAUAUAGGACCAGAAACAUUUGCACAUAUGACGUCAUUAAAGAAAUUAGUGCUCUCUGGUAAUGACCUCCUAUCCUUAGAAGCCGGCCUUUUUGGGAAUUUGACACAGUUAACAACUUUAGAAUUAGAAUUUUGCGGCUUGAAGCGCCCUAUAAAUGCAAAUGCUUUCUUCAAAAACUUAACUUAUACUGAUUUAAGAGAAAUAAAGCUUGGUGGUAAUCCACUAGUUAUACCAACCUCCGGGCCUUUAUUCCCGAAACAGCUGUCACAAGUCACUGUUUUAGAUUUAAGCAACUGCAAUAUCACAUCUCUAAACCCAGACGCUUUUAAGAAUACUGAGAAUAUAACUGAACUUAAUUUAGCCAGAAAUCAAAUAAAGGCAGAGGAUGAAAGCUUAUCGUUUUUGGAGACACUAAAACAUUUGGAAAAAAUUAAUUUGAGCAAUAAUAAAUUGACAACUAUUGAUCCGCAAUUAUUUGUAAACAAUCCUAAACUUCACUCAAUAAACCUAAUCGGUAACCCAUUCGUUUGUGAUUGUAAGAUUGCUGAAAUGUGGGAUUGGGCAAAUAUGAUAAAGGGUGAUUUAGAUGUUCUCAUAGGAGCAAAGAGCGCUGAAAAGGAUAUCGUUGUUAAAGGCAACAAGAAAAAGAAGUAUUUAUACUGUCACUACAACGAAGCACAACUCAGGAAUAUGACUCUUAUAACUAAUAAGACUGUACCGGGAAGAAGACCUUUUGUAAAGCCAAGAGAAUUGACAUAUGCUAAUAGAACUUGGGCUAAAUAUGUUAGAGAAUCGGGAUGUGAACCAGUGGUAAAAAUACUGAGACCAGUAGCGCUGAUGGCUGAUUUCUUUGAUGAAUCUCGUGAAAACAAUAUUUCAACGCCUGCCGUAAUAUUAGCUGUUAUCGCAUUGGCUCUUGGUUUAGGUACUGUUAUAAUGACCUUGCGUUUUUUUCAAAAGAGGCAAGUAUCGGAAAUGGACACCGAACAUAAUAGGAAGCAGAGAUAGCAAAAAGGUCAAAGAGCAUAGAGAAAUAAUGCUUUGAUUCUUUUUAUUGAUCUAUGAUUAUUUUGUAAGAAAUAUUGUAUUUUUUAACUAUUACCCCUAAUUUAUGUUAUGUGAUAGGCACAUCAAAAUGUUAGUCUCUCUAGAAUUUUAAAUAAGAAUAGAAGCGAUAUUUAAUGUUAUUUUUUUGGAUAUUACUAGUCAAAUUAAAUAGAAAUCAAACAAGUACAACUGUAGCGAGUUUCAUUAAACGGGACGAUUUGGUUUUUUAAAUAUACCUUGCAGUAUUUCAUGUUUAAAUAAUUCCUACAUUUAAUUAAAAUAAAGGUGUUUAAAAGGUU